AUGUCACGGCUCGAAUUUAACCUCGCGAUAGCGGCCGCCGUCGGCCGCCCCAGGAUUGCGGAUGUUUCGCAGGCCUCGUCUCGCUCCUCGCGCGCUCCUCGCGCCCCCCAGGUCUGCGCCACCUGCAAGGCCCGCAAAAAGAAGUGCGACAAAGUGCUUCCGUGCUGCGGGUAUUGUGUCCGGAAGAGCCUAGGGUGCAGCUACGAACCGCGGCCGCGCGCACCCCUAUCCCUGGUCUCGUCGCGUGCGAUCUCGGCGGACCCGGCGGCUGAAGAGCCCAGCUUGUAUUUUCAGGUCCAUCGGCUGAUCCGCGAGACGGGCCAGUUCGUAGAUGAUAUCAGCGCUCGCUAUUUCCAAGGCUUCCACCACCACGUGCCCGUCGUCUCCCGAGCGCGCUUCCUGCGGAACCUGACGCUCGUCGCCGUCCCGCCCGCGCCCUUUUCCGUCCUCCUGCUGAGCAUCUGCCUCGUCACGCCGCGCGCGAGGCGGGAGCGGCGCGCGGCGGAUGUCGCCUGUGCGCAGUCGCUAGACCCGCGGCCUCUGUACCCAGCGGCGAAGUCGCUGUCAGCUCAGGUCCAGGGGCUGCUCCCGCCCGCGGUCCCCCUGGUCCAGGCCGGCCUCCUCCAGGCCUUGUACGAGUACACGCAUGACCGGCCGGACGAGGCGUUUGCGUCGAUCGCGGGCUGCGCUCGCAUGGCUUAUACGCUUCGGAUGCAUCCCAGCGACGGUGGUAUCUGGCCGCAGGCUCCCGGGUCGCCAAUCUCCUCGCCAGCCACAGGCGAGAAUGAAGAGAGGGACCACUAUUUGCAGACCCAAGAGGCAGUAAACACAUGGUGGGCACUGGUAAUCUACGAGCGUGCGUUCUUCUGCGACGUGACAGUCCCGGAGCAGCCGCUUGUCACGGUGAUCCCAAGCGGAGAUGCCCCGCUCCCACGUGAGCCGACCGACGCCGAGGGUCCCGACUCGGCGCCGCGGGUGCCCGUCUCGCGCCUAGAAGCGCCCGACGUCGGGAGCUUCGGGCGCUCUGCACAGGCAGCCUGGCUGCUGGACCAGGCGCUCGCCGCGUUCCGGGACCCGGCCGUGGAGUCGCAGCUCGCGCGCCUGCGCGGCCUCGACACUACCAUCCAGGCCUUCCUUUGGACGCUGCUGCGCCAAUGCGGUGCGACGCGCGACAGGCUCUGCGAGGCCGUCGCUCUCACCCUUAGAGUCCUGUUCCUCCUCCACCAGCAUAUCCUCACCCGCCACUGCGCGUCCCUACCUCCGGCACCGCCCGAGCCGGACCCCGCGCCGUGGUCCCUCGCUGCCCUCGACGCCGCCGCCCACAUGACCCUCGACGUCGUCGUCGCGCACGCUACGGACCCAGCUCUAGCACCCCGCGCCAGCACCGCCCCAAGCUACCCGUACCUCGUGCGGGCGGCGCUCGCGCACGUGCGUACCCGCAAGGAUGCAGACGCGUGGGCGCGCACCGCGGAGGGUAAGCUCUGCGAGGCGCUGGACCGGUUCGAGGACACGUGA